GCGUUUUAAGUGAAAAUACUAAACGCGCGUUUUAAGUUUUUUUCCCGGCUGGAGGAGCAAACUCGACAUUAGAGCUUCUCCGACCACAAUUUUCCUCCGGCUUUCAUAAUCUCGGAGUUACAUCGUCCUAAUUCGUCUGAUAGUCACCGAAGUUUUGGUCUCCGAUCAAGUCAAUGUCAGGAUUCACAUAUCAACCAAUGUUCCUCCUCCUUCUCGUCUCUGUCUCCUUGUCGCCGGUCAGGUGUUUAGGUAAUGGGGCAAGUAGUGAAGAGAGAACAUUGGCUAUGAUAAAGCCAGAUGGAGUCUCUGGUAACUACACUGACGAAAUUAAAAGAAUUGUCGUUGAAGCUAGUUUCAACAUCGUCAAGGAGAUGCUUACUCAGCUGGACAAGGACACAGCUUCUGCGUUUUACGACGAGCACUCAUCAAGGAGCUUUUUUCCUGAUCUUGUUACAUACAUGACAAGUGGUCCGGUGUUUGUGAUGGUAUUAGAGAAGCAAAACGCGGUUUCUGAUUGGCGUGGUUUAAUCGGGCCAACAGAUGCGCAAAGGGCUAAGAUAUCUCACCCUCACAGCAUCAGAGCAUUAUGUGGUAAGAACUCACAAAAGAACUGCGUGCACGGCUCGGAUUCAACAUCAUCAGCUGAAAGAGAGAUAAAGUUUUUCUUCAAGGAUGUUGUUUCAGGUGACAUUGCUUCACAACACCAUGACGAACUAUAAGAAAACACCAAUACAGGUCGUUUAUCCAUGGUGUGUUGUAAUCUUGUAACUGUUGGUUUAUCUUAUAUAUAAUCAAUUAAUCAGGGACAUUGCUUCAUAUAACAGUUGGUAGUGAUUUAGAUCGACCUUUUUGAGUUUUUCUACUAGCAAUUGUUAAAGAGUAGGGAAAGGAAUCUAAUCCAUAGUUUUGUCGAAA